AUCUGUAUACAACCCCAUUUCUAGGGUUCUCUUCCGUCUUUCUUCGUGUUUCAAAUCCCCAAUCUGAAAUCACCUUUCUGCAAAUUUCUCUCAAUUAGCCGAAAUGAAACUCACAGUCAAGACCCUUAAAGGCAGUCACUUUGAAAUUAGAGUUCAGCCCAACGAUACUGUUAUGGAUGUGAAGAAAAGCAUUGAAGAUAUACAAGGGAAAGACAGUUAUCCAUGUGGGCAACAGCUGUUGAUUCAUAAUGGGAAGGUGUUGAAGGAUGAAACUACCUUAGCUGAUAAUAAAGUCUCCGAAGAUGGCUUUCUGGUUGUCAUGCUUAGCAAGAGCAAGUCUUUGGGUUCAACCGGUGCUUCUUCUGCUCAGCCUGCUUCAUCAACUCCCGCUACAACUGCACCUGCACCUGCUUCUAAUUCUACACCAGCUGCAGUAGCUCCUGCACAAGCACCGGUGGCAUCAAAGAACACCACAUCUACUUCAGAUACUGUUACAGUCAAUCAACAGUCGGAUACCUAUAGUCAAGCUGCUUCAAAUUUAGUUGCUGGAAAUAAUCUUGAACAGACUAUCCAACAAUUGAUGGAUAUGGGUGGUGGCAACUGGGACAAGGAAACAGUUACACUAGCACUUCGAGCUGCUUAUAACAACCCAGAGCGAGCAGUGGAUUAUCUGUAUUCUGGAAUUCCUCAAUCAGCAGAAGUUGCAGUGCCAGUGGCUGGUGCAGCCCCUACUUCUCCUGUUUCAGGGGCUCCUAAUUCAGCUCCAUUAAAUAUGUUUCCUCAGGAAAGACUUUCUGGUGCUGCUGCUGCUGGAGAUGGGUCCCUGGAUUUCCUCCGAAACAACCAACAGUUCCAAGCUUUGCGAUCAAUGGUGCAAUCAAACCCACAAAUUCUACAGCCCAUGCUACAAGAGCUUGGAAAGCAGAACCCACAGCUUUUAAUACUAAUUCAAGAGCAUCAGGCAGAAUUUCUUCAGCUAAUAAAUGAGCCUCUGGAAGGUUCUGAAGGGGAUAUAUUUGAUCAGGCUGACCAAGAAAUGCCUCAUGCUAUCAAUGUUACCCCAGCAGAACAGGAGGCCAUUGAACGACUUGAAGCAAUGGGAUUUGAUAGAGCCCUUGUCAUUGAAGCCUUUUUAGCCUGUGAUCGAAAUGAGGAGUUGGCGGCAAACUAUUUACUGGAAAACGCUGGAGAUUUUGAGGACUGAAGGAGGAAUCUUAUCUCCUUUGAUUCAUAGUUUUGGUCGAAUUAGAUGGAUAUGUGGUAUCAUUUGGCAUGUUUGCAUGAGCACUGUUGGGGUUUAAGCAAGGAAAACUAAGAUGAGUGUUCAAUCAAAAAGUGUUUCUGAUGAAUAGAGGUUUAUUUAAAUUUCAUU